UGAAUAAUGAUAAUAAUGCUUUUUUGUAUUGUCAGAAAAAAGAAGAAAAGUGAGGGUCUGGUAGAUUGGACACAUAUUUGUUCAGUAAUGAAGAACAUUGUCCCCUUCAAGGAGAAACUGACUACCUCUAUAAAGAAUUCAAUUCCAGAGGCUAAUGUCUGGAUACAUGAUGUUUUACCUAAAGCAGUUCAAUACCUGGUUCCCCUGGCUAUAAACAAGGUAGUACCUAGGAGGUAUGCAGGGCUUGCUACUGACGUGAUUAUACCUUAUAUACUUGAUACCAUUCUACCUUCAGCUGUCGACCAAUGUUUAGACGAAGAGACUAGGAUAGCUAUGGCGAUUCAAAACUCAAUGGAGGAGAUAUCACUGGAGGACGACUAGAACUACAACGAAAAUUCGUUAUUUUUUGUUUAUUUUUAUUUUGGUUUUAUAAGAUGCUUUUUUUUUGACAUAAUUUGACACUAUGCUAAUUGAGUUAGUUAUUAACAUGUCUUGAAGAUAAAACUCUCUAGAUCAAGUAUUUAAAAAAGUAUAAGUAACAAUUUUUUUUAUUAAAACACAAUCGACAUUUCGCUUAACCUUAUGUUAUUUAACUGAAUAAAUUCUAUGAUGUAUUA